AUGAAUCUAUUCCUGAAUAUAUCUUUCGCAAACCACACGAUCGAAAGAGGUUGGCUCUCAGGCUGUACCAGAAAUGUCACACAGCUGAAAAUCCGCUCAUCGAAUGGAAUAUUUGACAUUGGAGAUGCAGCAUUUGCAGGUCAACCCUUCAAGGCACUGGAAUAUCUGAUAAUAGAAGGAAACGGAAUCAGUUAUUUGAGGAAGGACACUUUUUUUGGUGCCACGAUUGUUUAUUUAGAGUUGAGGUUUGAUUCACACCAGUAUUUCAGGAUCGAAUCUGGUGUACUCAAUCCUCUAGCAAUGUCUCUUGCAAGUUUCCAACUAAACAAUGGAAUAUGUGAGCCACAAGCAAUACGGAAUCUGACAGGUACUGGCGAUAAUCUUCUGGUAAAACUACAAGUAGUAGACUUGCGAUAUAACAUUUUAGAAGUUAUAGCAAAUGAGUCUUUCAUAGAUAUCCCAUCACUGAUUUCACUUUAUCUAUCUGACGCUGGGGUUAAAAUUAUAGAAGAAAGAGCUUUCUCAGGACUUGGGAAAUCUCUGCAAAUGUUAACAAUUGCCAACAACGAUAUUCAAACUAUGGAUGAAGGAGUAUUCAGCGGCUUCGAUAUAUCCGGUCGAAUUAAAAUAGACGGAAAUCCUUGGAGAUGCAACUGCACACUCGAGUGGAUGAGACAUUUGUACAUAGAAAAACUGGAAUCCUAUUUCGACAAUGGAAACGAGCUUUUCUUAUGCCAUGACCAUGGAACAUUCAGAAACUACACGGAUGUGAUCUUCUGUCCAUCUGCAUCUACUAUCAAUACCGACACAGAAUCAAUAACAGAACCAUUAACAUCAACAGUCACAGAAACCGUUAACACUAUACAACCAGCAACAUCAACUACCAGUAGUACUGAUUCCUAUAAACCAAUCACAACUGAUCCUAGUUCUGAGACUACUUCUAUUGUAACUAAUGGGACAACUAUUGUAACUAAUGGGACAACUAUUGUAACUCAUGGGACAACUAUUGUAACUAAUGGGACAACUACCACAUCCUCUGUAACAGCUGUAUCUACAGUUCAACCUAGUAGUAGUAGUAGUGGCAGUAGUACCCAACCAACAUCAACAGUACCAAGCGGUAAAGAAUUAUCUUGCGAAAUUUUUGAACAGAAUCAAUUUCCAACGUGGAAUAGCUCUCAUCCCAGUGGAAUCAGAGAAGCUGAUAGGGACAAGAUAAUUUACACCUUUGAGAGCAUGGAUGAUACUCCAUUUUAUACCGUGGAAAUUAAAAAUGCACUUCCAAAUGGGGUUCUCUUAUGGAUUGACAGUCAACGUCAGGAAAAAUAUGGCUGCAUAAGUGAUAUCACUGACAAGAUAGAGCUUGAUGUCUUGGAAUACACUCAGAGUUACUUUUUGUGUUUGCUGAAUGACAGUGAAGGAAAGGUUAAUCCGUUCGACUGUACUACCCUCGUGGUUCCUCCCAGGUGGGGAGCUAGAACAUGGAUCCCAAAUGACUUCAAAUAUGCUACAAUCGGAGGAACAUUAGCUGUUAUUCUAGCUGUGAUACUCCUGACAGUUGUAGCCGUCGUACUGACCCUUGAGAAAAAGCCUAGACUGAUAAGAGAAUACAGGAAGUAUAUGCCUAAUCAGAACUUCCUAGUCAAAAAGAGUACUGCACCAUCACUGUAUUCCAUGAGUGACGGUUAUCUUAUUGCCAAUAUGUAUGAGACGAUCAAUAAUCUCGAACAAGUCGGUAACUAUGACAGUCUCAAUUAUGAGUUACCUCCAUUACCUCCAUAUCGAUCACGUGAUUUUACUAGGGAAGAGAAGUGGAUUACUAGCGAAUGUUUGGUUACUCCUAGAAGAACGAAUUCUCUAAAAUCGGUAUCUAGGAGAGAUGGGAGUUCACGGAAUAAACAUCCUUACUCUCAUUAUUCCAGAUCUAAAAGCAUUCCUGGUGAACGAAUUUGCCCAGUCUUUGUGUUCUGAUGGUGUUGUCAUGUGAAGUAAUGUUAUAAAUAGUUAUGUACAGUAGGUUAAUCUUAGAUGUUAUUCAUUGAAAUAUUUACCCAUGUUGGUACCCUCCUUAGUCCGAUAUCAUAAAAUAUUCUUUGUACAAGCGUGCGUGAUUCACCCUAUACCUGCACGCAAUUUAGUUUGGGAAGUGUCAUUUUCCCGCAGUAGUGCGGGAAAAGUUUUCCGACACUAGUGCGGGAAAUAUUUUCCUACACUAGUGCGGCAAAACAUUUAUGUAAUAUUCUCGCAAAAUAUGAGUGGUGGGUGACACAAUAUGAAAAUUUCAGGCUUCUUUAUGGCAGUAAGUCUGUACAAAAUCAUCCAUCAAAUUGCACUAUUCA